UUCAGUUUGGCUUCUCAAACGUAACAUAUCGUUUGAGUCGAAUAUGCAAUGUAAUGGAAAAGAAUACAGAAUGUAUGGCAGUUUAUUGAACUGUUUUACAAUAGGCCUAACCAUUUUAUAUAUUAUAUUAUUAAUCAGGUCCAUGGUUUUACUACGGUUGGCUAAAUCCGAGGCAGGAUUAAUCCGUUGCAGGUUGCACUUUAAUACACCCACACCUAUGUCAUCAACAGAUGUUCAUGAUUGAUUGAGUAACGAAAAAAAAAAUUGAGAAUACAACAAAAAUCAAGAUGAAUGAAAAAACUGCAGCAAAUUUCAUUAAUUCGUUGGUUAAAAAUUUACAAGUUUUGUGCCACAGCAAUUUGGAUUUUAGCCAAAAUAUUGAAGUUAUUGGACAUCUGUAUCUGAAUAUAGACAGCUCUAAAAAAAUUAAUUACAUAGUGAAUGAAAAAGUUUGCAAGAAUGGCGAAGCAUCAACCAUGUUUGUUAGUAACAGUUUUCAUGCAGAAGAUAAAAAACAAAAACCUGAACCAGAACCAUCAAAUCAGGAUCCUACAGAAGUUGAUAAUAGGACUAAUUUUUCAAAACAUAAAAGAACCAUGUCCUCAGAUGUUGAAUUAGGACAGAGUUAUGGUUCUAAUUUAAAAUUUCAACAUAGAUUUAAAAAACACCAGGUACCCGUACCUAAUCCAGAGCAUAAUAAUUCGAUAUCAACAGCAGGACCUCUUCCAGCAAAAGUUUCACGGCAGAGUUACUCAUAUGACUUUGAACCACCGGUAACAUUUUAUCAUGACAGUGCACAUAGAAACCCUCUCCUAUCUUCACCACUUAGUAAUCAAGUUCAAGAUGUAGAUUUAAGUCGUGUUAAACAUGAACCAGGUGGUCAGACUCCAUUAUCAGCUUGUUCAUAUCCAUCCUUAGGGUCAGCAGAAACAGUUUCAAAAUCAGGUGAAAGCCAUUUUAAAUUCUCACCAUUACAUAAUACUGGACAGAUGACAUCAAAUGAAGAUUCUUUAAAUAUUAAUGAAAAGACCGCAGAAUUUUACCCAAUUGGCAUGAUGUCACAUUUAAAACAGCGUUCACAAAUAACAACCUCAGCAACUACAGCAUUGCCAUCAAUAUCUACCUUAACUAACUCCUAUGGAAGUGCUGAUACGUCAUCCAUGCAAUCUCUUAUGGCACAUAAUUUAGUCUCGCCACGUUCAAGAGGACAAAGAACGGAUUUAAGAUUAAAUGAAAAAGUUAGUUUAAUAAUUGCAGCCAUGUCACCAGACAAACCUAAACAGUCUGAAUUAGCUGCUAAGUAUGGUGUUUCUCAGCCCACUAUAUCCUAUAUACUUCAACGUAAGGAAUCGUAUCUGGCAGAGUACAGAAAAUGUCAAAGUCGAAUGUCACAGCAACAAAAUCUGUCUCCUUCUCUCACAGAUAUAGACAUUGAUAUUGAUACUCUAAAUUCUCUUUGAUUAGUUUUAUUUACAAUUGUUUCAUCUGUGUCAUCAAGAUUAUCAUUGGAAGAUAAAAUUAACAUAAUUAAAGCGGCAGAAUCGAGUGAUAGGCCUUUUCAAACACAUCUUGCUACCCAGUAUGGUGUUAGUCAACCAGCAAUCUCCAAUAUAUUAAAGCGAAAAGAGUAUUAUCUUGCUGAACAUGAAAAGAAACAGACAUUAAUUAAGACAAUGCCACAUAUGAACAACUUUUUGUAGUACAAAAGGAAGAAAUUGUAUGUGCACAUGUACUGCAUGUAUCAUUUCUUUUGUUUAAAAUUUAACACUCUGUUUUCUCAUGUAAAAUUUGUUGAAUUGCAGGAUAUCCAGAACGACAUACUUUAUCAUUAAAGGAUAAAAUUGAUAUCAUUAAGGCAGUAGAAUCAAGUGAAAGGCCGUCCCAGAAAGCACUGGCACUACAGUUUGGAGUCAGUCAGCCAGCAAUAAAUCGCAUUCUUAAAAAGAGAGACAUUUAUAUUGCCAAAUUUGAAAAUUUAAAUGAAAACUUUGAAAUGGUGUCUAAUCUAUAUUCAGGGACUAUACAAUGAUAAGUGAAUAUACAGACUAAAAAAAAAGAUUUUUUGCUAAUCUAUGAGUGUGCUUCAAUAUCUAAAAGAGAGACAAUGCACAAAAUAUAAUAUUUUUGUACAACAGAGAAUAAUAGCGGUAUCAGAUAAUAAGGUGACAAUAUUCAUAUAAAUUCAAAUCUCUUAAUAAAUUUUGACAUUGCUAACAUUACCCAAAGGCAUUUGACAUUAAUGUGUAGGCUGUAUUAAGGGUGAGUAUGAGCAGGGAAUUACAAAUUAAUGAACACCUAGCUAUCAAGUUGCUGAUCAUUAUGAGAAAAAAUCAUGAAUAUCUUAAAGAGGUUUUUAAAGAAAUAUUAACUUUUCUUCUUAAGUGCAGUAUUUGUGAACACUUUCAAUACAAUAUUGAAUGUGAUUUUUGGACUUCUUUAUUUACAUAUAAUGUUUCCUGUUAGAAAAUCUUGUUUAUUGCAGUCGGAAUGAAGAAAACCUUGCGGCAUGCAGUGAGCCAUGAGAGGAAUUUUGUCUGGAGAGCAGCAAUUCUGCCGACUGUACAUCAAAUUUUUAAUGCCAACAGUUCUUUUAUGUGCAUGCCAACAUUUUUGCAUGAUUUGAACAACUUGAUGCUGUUCCUUGCCUGUCACCACUGACAAGCUGAAAACACACUGAUAAAUUCUAAGAAACUGUAUGAGCUAUAACCAGGAACAACCCCAGGAGCUCCCGGUUUGUGAGCCAGCUACUUUUUCACUGAGCCACUAUAUUGUCUCCACUUCAACCACAACGAAUAUAGCCUGGACAGAAAGUCGUUUCGGGAACUUUAUACAAGUACUGUACAACCUGACAGCUAGUUACAAUAUACUGUUUUGUCAUAGUAAUAUUUGUUGCAGUCUAACAGAGACAAUAUAGGCUGAAAUGAUUGAGAAUGUGUUAGUAUUUUCCAUCUUGGAUGAUAUAAUUUCAGAUAUGGUCAGAAAGGAAAUAAAUAGCAGAUGUGCAUUUGUUUCUAGAUAUACAUGUAGUUUUUAGCGCAGGUGCAGAAAUUUAUAACAAAAGCUUUGAGGAUUGAUCAAUCAUUAGAGAUCUCAAUUAGUUAUUGCAAAACGUUGAAUCCUUUUGUUAUUAAUUAAUAGCAAUUGUCAUAAGAAUAUAUUUCCAGUCAUUAAAACAGUUGAUAAACGAAACAAAGCAGUUCUUCUUGUACUCCCACAUUUAACUUUUAAAUCUAAAAACUAUUACACAUACUUAUGGAAAACAGAUACUAUUUAUUUUGAGUGACGUUUCGAAGAGUAUUCUCUGAACGUUAGCAAGCUAAUACAUUGAUAGAAUACUCCUCGAAACGUCACCCAAAAUAAAUAGUAGCUGUUUUCCAUACAUGUAAGUGUUUGUUACAGUUUAUUGCUCUAUCCAGCUACUAAAUGCCACUAAAAGAUUAUUUUAAAUCUAUGUUAAAACUUUAUAUGUUAUCAAGGAGUAAAUUGGUUACUAUAAACAUGAUUUACUAUAUUAUAGACAAUUUUAGGAAGAGUUGUGAAAUGUUAUUGUUACUGCAUGCAAUCAUCAUCAUGUGACUGUGGAAUAAGUGUAUUAGUUAUAAUUACAAAAUAGCAUUGCUAUAUUUAGUAAAUAUUGAUAAUCUUUUGAUGUUAUUUAUUACAGAUGUUAUAUAGAUAAUAAAUAUAAUCUAUAACAACUUAUUUGUAGGAAACCUUGCAAUUAAAUGUAACGUUGUACUUGUUGAUGUACUUUAUUUUUUUAUAUACAUAUACUAUUUUCAUUAAAUCAUUUGAAUUUA